AUGUCUUUGACAGACAACGGUCCCACCCAGGUACCGGCCGACACCAUCCACAAAGCUCACGGCGUCUUGUUGUGCCAACGUAGUCUCAAGUACCUGCUGAAGGCAUCGUCUGAACAGCCUCUGUUUAGAUCAUCACAGCCACACAAAGCCAUUCGUUCAUUCAUUCAGUGCCAUAUUUUUUCGACGCACACCAUCUACUGCGAAAAUCAGGCCACCUUGAUUCUAUCCAACAACGAAGAUCCUGGCAGAGCAGGCGCCAUAGAAGCCUCUGUUGACCUACUCCUCAUGACCGCCAAUAUGUCUGCGAAUCGCCAGGUUUCAGGCGGCUACAAACAGGAGCCGGCUAUGCAUCCCGUGGACAAGGCAGGGUAUAUUCUGUUUCACCAUGACCGGGGCUCGCCCGCCCACAGGGGACAGGGGAGGGGUGGCCAGACUCGCCAGCUUCGACAGAGGCACUCAUGCCAAACCCCCAAAAAUCGGAGAGAGGAGAAGAGGCGGGACGUUGCAGCGCACUCUAUUCGGUCUCUGGAUAUCAUAUCGAUGCUCAGCGGCAUUGCAUGCACCAGCCACACCGUUUUGCGGGAACCACAAACGGCGAUAAAACCACGAUAA